AUACGCGCUGUAAACGGGGCGGCGACACACCUGGGGAAUUACAAGAACAAGCAACCGUGUGUUUUUAAUGGAAGUUGUCCUUACGAAGGUCAUGUCUUGAGUUUCGGGAUAAGACAGGACAUGUACACGACGGAGCGUAGGCGGAUGAGCCUGCACGAGAUGCGAAGGAAAGACCCGGUCCGGGUGUCAGCUGGAAGUUUGUGGCAGGACGCUUUGGCUAUGGAGCUGAGCGGCACGAGCUUGGGUAAACAGCUCGUUUCUCCUCGGAAUCGCACGCGAGCUGUAUCCGUGGCGUAUAUUAUCAACGAGGACGCGUCUGUGCCGCAGACCGAGGAGAACUUGUCCCUGAAAUGUCUUAAGGAAGCCUGCGCGGACGCACACGCCACUUUAAAAACUAUUUCAUAUGAGAGGAUAUCCCUGGGCACCACCGACAUACUGGAUAGUUUCUACAACGCAGAUGUAGCAGUGGUUGAGAUGAGUGACUCUUUUUGCCAGCCUUCCCUUUUCUAUCACCUAGGAGUGAGAGAAAGUUUCAGCAUGACCAAUAACAUCAUCCUGUACUGUUACAAGCAAGAUAGUGAUCUACAGGCUAUCAAGGAGCAGUGUGGCAGCUACACAUUCAUCCCUUAUGUAGUGUCACCUCAGGGCAAAGUGUUUGCCUGUGAUGCUACAAUGAUGACUGGUAUCAACGAAUUGAUGCAGCCCAGUUUCCAGCUGGAGCCUCUGCUGACCCCGCUGGUGGAGAGCCUGGUGCAUCUACUGAACAAUAUACACGUUCAGUCCAGCGAGUACUUCCGGGAGUCAAUCAGGCAUGAGAUUCGCAUGGCACGGGAGAGGUUCAGCGGCCAAGCCCUGAGCCAGGAGUUGAGUCGCAUCCAGAAACGCCUGGACAGUGUAGAGCUUCUCACCCCUGAUAUAGUCAUGAACCUGCUGUUGUCCUACAGGGAUAUUCAGGACUACAAUGCCAUGAUCAAGCUGGUGGAGACUCUGAAUGAGCUGCCCAUGUGUAUGGUAGCAAGACAUCAGAAUAUCAAGUUUAACUACAUAUUUGCUCUAAACAGGAGGAAUCACCCCGGAGAUCGUGCUAAGGCCUUGGAGGUAAUUCUGCCCAUUGUUGAGUCAGGGUCCAAAGUGGCAUCAGACGUCUAUUGCUUGUGUGGACGGAUCUACAAAGACAUGUUCAUGAGCUCUGGGUUCACUGAUCACCGCAGCAGAGACCAGGCCAGCUACUGGUAUGGGAAAGCUUUUGAGAUGGAGCCAACUCUUCACUCAGGCAUCAACAAUAUUGUCCUCCUGAUGGCAGCUGGCCAUGAGUUUGACACUUCUAUUGAGCUGCGCAAAAUAGGUGUGACUCUCAGCACCCUGCUCGGUAGAAAGGGCAGUUUGGAGAAGAUGAAGGACUACUGGGAUGUUGGCUUCUAUCUCGGAGCAAACAUCCUCGCUAACGAGCACAGAAAAGUCAUCAUGGCUUCAGAUAAACUCUACAGACUCAAUGCUCCUGUCUGGUAUGUGGCAUCCAUUAUGGAGACUUACAUCCUGUACCGUCAAUUUGCCAAGCUACCUGAGGUGAGAUCUCCUAAACAGGACAUAGUGGACUUCUGGAUGGAGCUGCUUUUGCAGACCUGUAAACCCACUGACUCCACAGGCCGCUGCCCAGUGCUCAUUCUGGAGCCCAGUAAAGUCUUCCAACCAGCUAUUGUGUGUGUGAGCGAGGAAGAUGAAAGUCACACUCUCCAGUUGAAACAUGUUACAUCCUUAAAGAAAGGCUUACACCAGUGGACUUUCCCAGCCUCUGCAAUUCGGGGAGUGAGUGCUUCAAAGAUUGAUGAGAGGAGCUGCUUCCUGUAUGUCCACUACAACUCAGAUGACUUCCAGCUCUGCUUCCCUUCUGAGCUUCACUGUAAAGGUUUCUGUGAGCUGGUGAACUCUCUGCUUCAGCAGGCUGAACACCCUGCUCCGGACCUGAACCAUGUAGCUGAGGGAUUACUAGAGUACAUCUAUGAGACCAAUGAGAAUGGCAACAAGGUUGUUCUGGGUAAAGGGACGUACGGUGUGGUGUACGCUGGGAGGGACCUGAGCAAUCAAGUUCGCAUUGCCAUCAAGGAAAUCCCUGAGAAGGACAGCACGUACUCCCAGCCGCUCCACGAGGAGAUAGCUCUGCACAAGAGGCUUAAGCACAGAAAUAUUGUCCAGUACCUGGGUUCUGUCAGUCAGGAUGGUUUCAUCAAGAUCUUCAUGGAAGAAGUACCUGGAGGAAGUUUGUCAUCUCUCCUGCGCUCCAAAUGGGGUCCCCUGAAAGACAAUGAGCCCACUAUCAUCUUCUACACCAAACAGAUCCUCGAGGGGCUCAAAUACCUCCAUGAAAAUCAGAUUGUCCACAGAGACAUUAAGGGGGACAAUGUGUUGAUCAACACCUAUAGUGGAGUGUUGAAGAUCUCUGACUUUGGAACAUCCAAACGAUUAGCAGGGAUCAACCCGUGCACCGAGACGUUUGCUGGAACUCUCCAGUACAUGGCCCCAGAGAUUAUAGACCAGGGGCCUCGGGGUUAUGGGAAGCCGGCUGAUAUAUGGUCCCUAGGGUGCACUAUUAUAGAAAUGGCUACAGGCAAAACACCCUUCCAUGAGCUGGGAAGUCCACAGGCAGCUAUGUUUAAGGUGGGCAUGUUUAAGAUCCACCCUAAGGUACCAGAGUGCAUGUCGGACAAGGCGAAGGGCUUCAUCAUGAACUGUUUCGUGCCGCAGCCCGAUGACAGAGCCACGGCUUCUGAGCUGCUGAAGAACCCCUUCCUCAGGUCGGCCCCCAGGAGGAGGACCAGAGCUCCGCAAGAAACAGAAUCGAAAGAUGUCCUUUCUCCUGUGGACUACCAACGUAGCAUGUCUGUGCCCGUCUCCAUCCUCGUGGAAGACACAGAUUCGGACUCGGGUUCAAUCGACCUGUCCUGUUCCCUGGACCUGAGGAGGGCCCAGGCCGCCGUCAUAGAGGAUGAAAUCUUAGAGAGCCCAGUGGGCUCCAGCAGCUUCCUGGCAAUACCAGAAGAUUCUGCAUCAGACAUGAGCAGUCCAGCCUCAACGGAGGAGAAUAUCGGUCUGUUUAUGCUCAGAAAGGACAGUGAAAGAAGAGCCACACUGCACCGAGUCCUCACUAACUACAUCAGCAACGUCGUCUCUAACAUACAGGAAUCUGUGCCUCAGCAUGGUGACGGAUCAUCGCUAACUGCAGACCACAUCGCUGAGCUGAUUAACUGCCUGCGGGACAAUAUCCACUCCCCGGACAGGAAGCAGCUGACCAGCAGCUUGCUGGAACUUCGAGCCAAGCUGCUCACUGCCGCAGUGUCACCAAACAGCCUGCAGGCGGUACUGUUCAGCUUCCAAGAUGCAGUGAAGAAGGUGUUGAGGCAACAGCAGGUGAAACCUCACUGGAUGUUUGCUCUGGAUAAUCUGCUGAGACAGGCAGUACAGGACGCCCUCACUGUGCUCCUGCCAGAGCUGAAACUCCAGCUGCAGUCCUCAUUUGAGAUUGAGGACAGCACUCCUGAGGAGCUGCCUGCUGACCCAGACACUCCUGUCGUUACUGUCCCUGACCAGCUGUGGGCGCCAGCAGACACGCAGCAGACAGCAUCCGUACAUGAGAUCCUGCCCACAGUGAGUCCCAGCUCCCCCACAGAGCUCGUCCUCAACAGCAACUGUCCUCUCAGUGAGAAACUGAGAGACCUGCGACUGGAGACCAGCAGACUGCUGAAUCAGCUAAAUGAGAAGGAGAAAGAGUACCAGGAGCUACUGAGGAAGUCCGUGCAGAAGAAACAGGAACAGAUAGAUGCGCUGAAGAAAGCAGCAAUCAUUGAAGAUGCCGAACAGGGUUCACGGAAAAGCUCUCAUCCAGAAGUGAAGGCUUUGGUGUGCUGGCUCAGAUCUGUCCAUGUAGAUCAAGACACUAUCAAUAAGUUGCUCUUUCAUGAGUUCACCUUGGACUGUCUCUUCUACAUGGCCUCUAGGGAUGACUUGAUGUACUGUGGAAUCAGAGGUGGCAUGCUGUGUCGGAUCUGGGCAGCCAUCACAGCUCGCAGGAAGGCCCAGCUCAGCACACACAAUGAGGACAGCGAGGACACUCCUCUUUAAUGGCUGCUGAUGUUGUACAUCAAAGGACAGAUUUAUUGACAGGCUGGUCCUGUGUCAUCUGGAGGAAGUGAGGCAGUAAUGAACGUAACUGUCUCUGCAGGGAACCGAUGCAAGGCAGAAUGGAUUUUGGUUACAUUGUUGAACUGUGAAUGUAUUUUCUUGAAAAGAUACUGACCAGUUCUUCCAGUUUUAGUUCAUGCAAGGUAGAAUGUAAAAACUGUUCAUUUAAAAGUUAGAUUUUGCCAGCAUUUUUGUAUAAUUUCUCAGGGCUUUGGCAAGUGGGAUUGUGUCUUACUUUGCUUUGACUUACCUUCUUGAGUAUUGAUUAGUCUGCAAACAAAAACGUUAAAAGCUAUUUUAAUGUUGCCUCCUGACGACGCUGUUUUACUGUGUUUUACAGAAAACUUAGCAGGAUCUAAGUUAUUAAGCUAAUGCUGUAUUUAAGAUGAAUGCCUCUGCAUUCUGGGGAAAAACAGUUAUUUUGUACUGUUUAUCCUGUUAAAACUCAUUCAGAUAAUAAACUGUAAACCUAAAUCUGUCAGACUGGCUUGUUAUCUGCAUGCAGCCAUUUCUAACAGUGACGAAUGUUUUUUUUAGAGAGAGUGACGUACGGUGGGCUGGAAGAAGUGAUGAAGUGGUGAACAGUCUUAAAAUUCCACACGUGUUCCCUCAUCUGUUUUCACAGUGUUGACAUCUCCGUAGAAACAGCGACACAGAUUUUGCUCGUGUGUCUUUGUCUAUGGUAUGUGUUUACUGUUUUGCUGUGCUUCUGUGCAGAUCUGCUGUUUGAGUUUUAGACUUCUAGGCAAGGAGUUGUUUUUGUUUUUGUUUUUUUAAUAAAUCAUUUUGUGUA